UGUGACGUAGUAUAGAUUUUGAAAGGACCCCACAAACGGCGGUACAUCGUCUGCUUCCCUGCAUCGAAAGACUCCACAAUUUGAUGCAGUUGUAUCGGCCUGAAAUCAUAAUCAUCUUGUUUAGCACACCGACUGAGCUGGCCCCUGGACAGGCCUGUGGGGAACCACAGUGAGACGCAACCAUGUUUCUUUAUAACAUCACUCUUCAGCGUGCCACUGGCAUCACACAUGCCAUCCAUGGAAACUUCUCAGGAACCAAAAUGCAGGAGAUUGUUGUUUCCAGAGGAAAGAUCAUAGAGUUGCUGAGGCCAGACGCAAACACGGGAAAGGUGCACACGCUGCUCACAAUGGAAGUGUUUGGUAUUGUGCGUUCACUAAUGGCCUUCAGACUCACAGGAGGAACUAAAGAUUACAUUGUUGUUGGAAGUGACAGCGGUCGUAUCGUUAUCUUGGAAUAUCAUCCGUCCAAAAACAUGUUUGAGAAAAUUCACCAGGAGACAUUUGGGAAGAGUGGUUGUCGCCGCAUUGUCCCAGGACAGUUUUUGGCAGUGGACCCCAAAGGCAGAGCUGUCAUGAUAGGAGCAAUAGAAAAACAGAAGCUGGUUUAUAUUCUGAACAGAGAUGCAGCUGCACGACUGACCAUCUCUUCCCCACUGGAGGCCCACAAGGCCAACACACUGGUCUACCAUGUAGUGGGUGUGGAUGUUGGCUUUGAAAAUCCCAUGUUCGCUUGUCUUGAAAUGGACUAUGAGGAAGCGGACAAUGACCCUACUGGAGAAGCCGCGGCCAACACGCAACAGACACUCACCUUCUACGAGUUGGACCUUGGCUUGAAUCACGUGGUCCGCAAGUACAGCGAGGCUCUAGAAGAACAUGGAAACUUUCUCAUCACAGUUCCUGGUGGUUCCGAUGGGCCAAGUGGAGUUCUCAUCUGCUCUGAAAACUACAUCACAUAUAAGAAUUUUGGAGACCAACCUGACAUUCGCUGUCCUAUCCCACGUCGCAGGAACGACUUGGACGACCCAGAACGUGGUAUGAUAUUUGUUUGUUCAGCAACCCACAAGACCAAGUCCAUGUUCUUCUUCCUAGCCCAGACCGAGCAAGGUGACAUUUUUAAGGUUACCCUGGAAACUGAUGAAGAAAUGGUCACAGAAAUCAGGCUGAAGUAUUUUGACACAAUCCCCGUGGCAACAGCCAUGUGUGUUUUGAAGACUGGCUUCCUUUUUGUGGCCUCAGAAUUUGGAAAUCAUUACCUUUACCAGAUUGCCCACUUGGGUGAUGAUGAUGAGGAGCCCGAGUUCUCCUCUGCCAUGCCUCUGGAAGAAGGGGACACCUUCUUCUUCCAGCCCCGUCCCCUCAAGAAUCUGGUGCUGGUUGAUGAACAGGAGAACUUGUCCCCCAUCAUGUCCUGUCAGAUUGCUGAUUUGGCCAAUGAAGAUACGCCACAGCUUUAUGUGGCCUGUGGACGAGGACCCAAAUCUACUUUAAGGGUUCUUAGACAUGGACUGGAGGUUUCCGAAAUGGCUGUGUCUGAACUGCCAGGUAACCCCAAUGCUGUGUGGACAGUACGCAGACAUAUCGAAGAUGAAUUUGAUGCCUAUAUCAUCGUGUCUUUCGUCAAUGCUACGCUGGUUCUGUCCAUUGGUGAGACUGUAGAGGAAGUGACAGAUUCUGGAUUCCUGGGAACAACGCCAACACUCUCCUGCUCGCUACUGGGUGAAGAUGCCCUCGUUCAGGUGUACCCGGAUGGCAUCCGCCACAUUAGAGCUGACAAGCGUGUGAACGAGUGGAAGACUCCUGGCAAAAAGACCAUUGUCCGUUGUGCUGUGAACCAGCGGCAAGUGGUUAUCGCGCUCACAGGUGGUGAGCUGGUCUAUUUUGAGAUGGACCCGUCAGGCCAGCUGAACGAGUAUACCGAGCGCAAGGAGAUGUCUGCAGAUGUGGUCUGCAUGAGUUUGGCCAAUGUUCCUCCUGGUGAACAGCGCUCUCGUUUCCUGGCUGUGGGACUAGUUGACAACACGGUUCGAAUCAUAUCCCUGGACCCUUCGGAUUGUUUGCAGCCACUGAGUAUGCAGGCUCUCCCAGCCCAGCCAGAAAGUCUUUGUAUUGUUGAAAUGGGAGGAGUUGAGAAACAGGAUGAACUUGGGGAGAAAGGAACCAUCGGCUUCCUCUACCUCAACAUAGGGCUUCAGAAUGGUGUACUGCUGAGGACUGUCUUGGACCCAGUCACCGGUGAUCUGUCCGAUACCAGAACCCGCUACUUGGGCUCACGACCUGUCAAGCUUUUCAGAGUCAAGAUGCAGGGACAGGACGCUGUCCUUGCCAUGUCCAGUCGUUCCUGGCUCAGCUACUCGUAUCAGUCUCGUUUCCAUUUGACGCCUCUGUCAUAUGAGACCCUUGAGUAUGCCUCGGGCUUUGCCUCCGAGCAAUGCCCGGAAGGCAUAGUGGCCAUCUCCACCAACACACUUAGAAUCUUGGCAUUAGAGAAACUUGGAGCAGUCUUCAACCAGGUGGCUUUCCCCCUGCAGUACACUCCCAGGAAGUUUGUGAUCCACCCAGAGACCAACAACCUAAUUUUGAUUGAGACUGACCAUAAUGCCUACACCGAGGCGACCAAAGCUCAAAGGAAACAGCAGAUGGCUGAGGAAAUGGUGGAGGCUGCAGGUGAGGAUGAACGAGAACUGGCUGCUGAGAUGGCAGCCGCCUUCCUCAAUGAGAAUCUCCCAGAAGCCAUUUUUGGCUCACCGAAAGCUGGCGCGAGGCAGUGGGCCUCGCUUGUGCGGCUGGUCAACCCAAUUCAGGGUGCAACACUGGACCAAGUGCAGUUAGAGCAAAAUGAAGCCGCUUUCAGUGUUGCAGUGUGUCGUUUCCAUAAUGCAGGGGAUGACUGGUAUGUCUUGGUGGGAGUGGCCAGAGACAUGAUCCUGAACCCUAGAUCAGUUGGGGGUGGCUUCAUCUACACUUAUCGCCUCACUGGUGGCGGGGAAAAGCUCGAGUUUGUGCAUAAGACCCCAGUGGAGGAUGUGCCAUUGGCCAUCGCUCCAUUCCAGGGGCGAGCCUUGGUGGGAGUUGGGAAACUCCUGAGAAUUUAUGACAUGGGCAAAAAGAAACUGCUGCGCAAGUGUGAGAACAAGCACGUUCCAAAUCUGGUGACUGGCAUCCACACCAUUGGCCAGCGUGUGGUGGUUUCUGACGUACAGGAGAGUCUCUUCUGGGUCCGCUACAGGCGUAACGAGAACCAGCUCAUCAUCUUUGCCGAUGAUACUUGUCCCCGCUGGGUGACAACUGCUUGUCUGCUUGACUACGACACCAUGGCCUCUGCUGACAAGUUUGGGAACAUCACCAUUGUGCGUCUUCCUCCCAACACCAGUGAUGAUGUGGAUGAGGAUCCAACAGGCAACAAGGCCCUAUGGGACAGGGGGCUUCUCAAUGGAGCAUCACAGAAGGCUGAUGUGAUCGUCAACUACCACGUAGGGGAGACCAUCUUGUCCCUGCAGAAAACCACGCUGAUCCCAGGCGGGUCAGAGUCGCUGGUCUACACCACCCUGUCUGGAGGCAUUGGAAUUUUGGUCCCAUUUACUUCACACGAGGACCAUGAUUUCUUCCAGCAUUUAGAGAUGCACAUGCGCUCUGAGUUCCCACCUCUGUGCGGACGAGACCAUCUCAGCUUUAGGUCCUACUACUUCCCUGUCAAGAAUGUGAUUGACGGAGACCUGUGCGAGCAGUUCAACAGCAUGGAGCCACACAAGCAGAAAAGUGUGGCAGAGGAACUCGACAGGACGCCACCCGAGGUCUCCAAGAAACUGGAGGACAUCCGCACGCGUUACGCAUUCUAACUGCUGAACUCAAGCUUAGUCUUUACACGAAUUAAAAUUGAAAGUCAUGGGGCUCAAACUUAGUAAUAGUGCAUCAUGUAUUUCUCACAACAUGGUGCUUUACAUGAACUGAAGACUCGACGACAACGAUCAUGAAUCAUAAAGCCCAUCACUCAAAAUGGCUAACAGCAUUUGACUCUGACAGUUGUUACUUUGUCAGUCGUUCCGUAACAUGGCACCAGCAAGUUGGCGAACACAGCAUGAAGAUUAGUUGCCAGAUGUGACUGAUUUCCAAAUGUCCUGUAUUUAUUUGGCAAUGCUGGAUACAGUGCGUUUUUCCCUUACGUCACUGGCACAUUCUAAAAUAAAUCCUACUCGUGAAGAAGUGUUCCAACUCUCACGUAAUGUACAUAUUUUGGUCUUUAAGUUGAGCAAAAAAAUCGGAGGGUUUGCAACCAGAUGGUAUUGGCAUUUUAUUCUCAUGUUUUGGCUUGAGUUUUAUCGCGAUAGAAACCCAAGAGGAAAAUGACAUUGUUUGUUCCCCUGUCUGCGGUGGCUGUUUUGCCAUCAUUGUGGUAUUAAAUGUCAGAGAAAAUAGAUGGGCGGAUGAGCGCACAAAGUUGAGUGUUGUCUUGGUCAGGACUGUAAAUUCCCCCACCUCGACCACAAGCGCUUCCAGCAAGUUCUUGUAGAAGAAAUGGCCAUGUGUAGGCUAUGCAAUGGUGGUUUGUAAUGUAAAUAAAGUUUGGGGUUUUUUUUUCUAC